AUGAACGAUACACGUAAUUCAUCUACACAUACGUUACCUGACAAGACAGCUGAAGCGAUGGCUGUACCCGUAUUAAUGUUUGCAGUCGGUGUCAUUGGAAAUAUAAUAGCAAUAGCUGCUCUUUCUGGAUCUAAGCAGGAGCGCAAAUCCUCCGCGUUCUUCGCCCUAGUUUGUGGUUUGGCUGUGACGGAUCUGCUUGGGACUUGUUUGGCCAGCCCAAUCACUAUAGCAACUUACCUCAAUGAAAAUGUGUUAUAUGAUAAUACUAACCUUUGUGAAUUCCAUUCCUUUUUGUUGCUGUUCUUCGGAGUGGCUGGGCUAAGUAUUAUAUGCGCAAUGUCUGCUGAGCGCUACCUCGCGAUAUGCUGCCCUUACACUUACCAAAGAUGGGGAAUUGACCAACAUUUUGCACGCAAGUGCUUGUUUUGCAUUUAUCUCAGCAACAUUGCAUUUUGUUGUCUCCCAGUGAUGGGUAUGGCUGGAAGCAUUUGUCAGCCCUCCAAAACGUGGUGCUUCAUCAACUGGAGGGCUGAUAAGACACUGCCUGCAACAUAUUCGUUUUUAUAUGCCAGUGUGAGUUUUUUACUGAUAUUGAUGACGAUAGUACUCAACUUUGCAGUUUGUGGCAAUCUGUUGAUAAUGCGUCGCAGGAAAAUCCAAAGUCCAGUUACAAGAGGGAGCGCACGGGCGCGCUGGAAAGCGCUUUCUUCCGGCGUGGAAGCGCAAAUGAUGACGGUGCUCAUGGUGACCUCCGUGGUUGUUUUAGGUUGCUCAGCGCCGCUGGUGGUACGCGUAUUUUCUAACCAGAUAACAUGGACCGAGAAUUCCCAUGCAGAUUUGAUGGCUAUUCGGAUCGCCUCGGUCAACGCGAUCCUUGACCCUUGGAUCUACAUCCUCCUGAGAAGGACUUUGUUCCGUAAGAUUCAGAGAUUCUCUAAAGUGUUUUACAUUGGUCGCAAAGGCAAAGCACCCAUGUUGCCAGUAAAAUCAUCACAAAGGACAUUCCACUACCAAGGAGACAUUACAAACACCCAUGUAUUCACACCUCUGUGAAGCGCCUUGCAUAAAAAAACAUAAUUCACCUGCCCGCCACAGUCGCCUAGUGCGCUCACGUCACCCAGGGGGGACAAAGCUUGCCAUUUCUCCCCAAAAGUUGUCGGAUAUCCAGUCUCACAAUGUGUUCUGUCGAUAUAAUUGAUGAUGGGUGGCAAUUCACCUGUUUUAAAUAUAUAACUUUCAAAAACAGUAGAUUCAUUAAACAAAUUAACCAUGUAACAGUUCAAUUAUAGAUAGUACUAUGGGCUCAAGCAUUUGGCUCAAUCACAGCUAUGUAUACGUUUUACACAAACAAUAAAUAUGACACUGUGAAGUUAAA